UUUCAUUCUCCUUUUAAAAAUCCAAAAUUUCAACCCAUAAUACAAGUCCAACUUGCUCCGUCAACUAUGAGAAGCACUGGGGUGCAGUGGAAGAAGAGGCACAACAGAAUGGAGCAUUUCAACAAAACCAAGGCCGUGAAGCUACGGAGCCACCUCGGCAAGUACCUGGUGGCCGACGACGACCACCAUAAAAUCCGUCAGAGUAAAAACGGCUCAACCAGAAAGGCAAUAUGGCUGGUGGAGCACGUGGAAAGGAAGAACCACCACGUGCGUCUCAAGAACUCGAACGGACGUUACCUAACGGCGACGGACGCGCCCUUUCUGUUAGGCGUGACGGGGAACAAGGUGGUGCAGGGGAGUUUGGAGGAGGGUUGGGAUGGGAAAUUGGAAUGGGAACCCAUAACGGAAGGAUUCCACGUGAGACUGAGAAGCUGGUGCGGGAAGUACCUUAGAGGGAACGGUGGAACGUUACCGUGGAGAAACUCGAUCACGCACGAUGACCCUUAUAGUUCCGUCACUCAUGAUUGGAUCUUGUGGGGUGUGGAGCCUCUCGAGUUUCCCGAGAAACUGCUUUCUUCGCCGGAGACUCACUUUUCGUCGGAAGAACCGGGUUCGCCCACGUCGCUUUCGUCACUGUCGCCGGUGGCAACAACGUGCUUGGAUUCAACUCAAACUUAGGUGUGUUGUUGAAAAAUAAAGAAAAGAAAAU